AUGACGUCAGAGGCGGAGCAGCGUAUUGAUUAUAGAUCGGAGCAGCAGGACAGCAGAUGUUGCAUAAGCUGCAGCUGAUCAGAGCGUUGGAGGGAAACAGCAGGACCUUCUCUUCUUCUUCUGCUCCUGUGGCUCUGCGGUCUUUGCCAGGGCGAUGCCGGGCUCUCUGCCCCGCGUGUUGACGGUCCCGGCUCUGCUCGGCUCUCUGCCCCGCGGCGCCAACCCUCCCAGUCUGCCCAGCUUCCCCAGCAUCGCCCUGCCCAGGGUGGUUGCCAUGCCGACGGUGGCGGAGGCCCCUCGCCGGCUGCUGCAGGACUGCUGCUCCGUGUUGGACCACCAGGCCUCUGGCGGUGUGUGUGGCUGCUGCUGGGCGCUGCGUCCGCGCUACAAACGGCUGGUGGACAACAUUUUCCCUGAAGACCCAGAGGACGGUCUGGUCAAGGCCAACAUGGAGAAGCUGACCUUCUUCGCUCUGUCGGCACCGGAGAAGCUGGACAGGAUCGCUGCCUACCUGUCGGAGCGUCUGACCAGAGAGCUGAACCGCCACCGUUACGGGUAUGUGUGCAUCGCGCUGGAGGCCAUGGAGCAGCUGCUGCUGGCCUGCCACUGCCAGAGCAUCAACCUGCUGGUGGAGAGUUUCCUCGGGACGCUGCGGCUGCUGCUGGAGGCCGACAGGCCGCACCUGCACAUCCUGGCCACCGGCUCCUUUGUGAAGUUUGCGAACAUCGAGGAGGACACGCCUUCGUAUCAUCGCAGCUACGACUUCUUCGUGUCUCGGUUCAGUGAAAUGUGUCACUCCGACCACGACGACCCCGACACUCGGAUCAGGAUCCGCGUGUCGGGGAUCCGCGGCCUGCAGGGCGUGGUCAGGAAGACGGUGGACGACGAGCUGCAGGUCAACAUCUGGGAGCCGCGGCACAUGGAGCAGAUCGUCCCCGCCCUGCUGGUCAACCUGGAGCAGAGCAACGGCGGUUCUCCUGCUGAGCAGACGGAGGUGUGCUUCAGAGAGCUGCUGGGCCGAGCCGCGUACGGACACAUCAACAACGCCAUCAGGCCCGUUCUCAUGCACCUGGACAGCCGCAGCCUGUGGGAAGGAGGAGGCUUUGCUGUUCGCUGCUUCCAGAUCAUCAUGUUCUCCAUCCAGUCCCAGCACUCCCACCUGGUCAUCCAGCAGCUGCUGGGUCACCUGGACGCCAACAGCAGGAGUCCGGCGUCCGUCCGGGCCGGGAUCGUGGAGGUUCUGUCUGAGGCCGCUGUGAUCGAAGCCACUGGAUCCGUAGGUGAGCCAGAACCGGACUCAGAACCAGGACCGGACCGCGCUCCGUCUGACAGUUUUCUGCUCUGUGUUGCAGGUCCCACCGUGUUGGAGGUGUUCAACACGUUGCUGCGGCAACUCAGGCAGAGCGUCGACUACCAGCUGACUGGUUACUACGACAACGCCGGAAAACACAAAACGACGUCGUUUCACGAGAAAACGCUGCAGGACGCCGUCAUCAAAACCAUCGGAUCCUUUGCCAACACACUUCCUGUCUACCAGAGGUCAGAGGUCAUGCUGUUCAUCAUGGGCAAAAUCCCAGUACCCGGCAUCUACCCGGCCCUCGGGUCUCCGAACGCCGGGUUUGAAGGCAGCAGGAUGAUCCAGGUGAUGCUGCUGAAGUCUCUGCUGCAGGUUUCGGAGCGCUACGACAGCAGCAACCUGCUGACCGCUCUGCCCUCCUCCUUCCUGGAGCCGCUGCUGUCCUUCACCCUGAUGGACGACCCGGAGAUCCGCCUGCUGGUUCUGUCCAUCCUCACCUCGCUCAUCGACCGCCGUCACAACGCAGCCAGGAUCACCGCGGUCAGUGUGACGUUUGACGUGUCGGUUCUGGAGCAGAAGGAGGACAGAUGCUCCCGACAGGACAACCUGUUCAUCAGGAAGCACGCCCAGCGGCUCUACAGACACGUCUUCCUGGCCUGUAAGGAGGAGUCCAACGGGCCGAGCCAGUACCAGGCGCUCUUCAUCUUACUGGUUGUCCUCAGUGUGGAACUGGUCAGUGAGGAGGUUCUGGUGGACCUGAUCCGACUCCUCCUGGCUCUGCAGGAAAUGGGCGUGUCCAAUCAGGAGAGUCUGUCUGUUUUGAACCGCUGCAGUCUUCACGCCGUCUGCGCCGCCGCCCUCCAUGUUCUGUCGCAGCUCGGCCCGCCGCCGCCGCUCCAUCAGCACGUCACUCAGGUCAUAGAGAGUCGACAGAAGGGGGCGCCACACCUGCUGCCCGAAAGCGUCCUGUGUGACCAACCCAGGAUCCCAAACGGGGAUCUGAAGGUGGACAAAGCUCUCCUGUUUGUCCAGUCCAAGAUCUGCGAGGCGCUGACAGGAAGCAGCUACAGCGCACAGUGUGAACGCAUCAACACGCCUUACACUCCUCAGCUGACCGAUGAAGACCGUCUGUCCAGGAAGAUGAGUAUCGCAGACACCAUCUCUCUCCAGAUCGCCAUCGAGCAGGAGGCCAGCGCUGAGCCUCAGAAACCUCAGACUGAGCAGAUCACCUUUGAGACGCUGAAGAACACCAUCGAGGACAGAGGAGGCAUGGAGGAGGAGGAGAGGAGGAAGAGGAUGGAGGUGGUGGAGAGGUUUCAGACUGCUCCUUUUGAGGAAAUAGCAGCUCUCUGUGGAUCCAGGACGUCUCUGCUUCAGUCCAAACUGGACCGGGUCUUUGACCUGAUCGUCCGUCCUCCUCCGUCUCCGUCAGGACAGCCGUCUCAGCGGUCCACGCCCGUCUAUGAGAUGAAGUUUCCUGAUCUGUGUGUGUAUUAGAGGCCCGACUGGAUAAUAAUGAAGCAUUUAUGUAGCGAUAAAGAAACGGAUCGUAAAAAUGUUUCAUUUAAGUAAUAAGUUUUUUCAGUGACUUCAUGAAAAAACUUUCUUUAAUUAUUAAAAGAAUAAGGUCUGAUUAAAAAUUCUCAUAUAGUUUAUUAAGGCCAUGAAUUCACAGUAAAAACAUGUUUGAUGUUUUAACCGUUUCUUCUUUGCCAUUUUUUAAAUUAAAACUUUUUCCUGAA